CUUCUUUGCACCAGCUCAAAGAGACCCGACCAUGAUGCUGGCAUGACCUCCUGCACUUCUUCCUUUUUCUGUCUAUUGUUCUUCUGAUACCCCGUACAGCAGUGCUCAAACCUUCGCUUGCCAAGCGCUUUUGUAAAUUUUUGGGAUCCCUGAGAGGAGCUUGACACGCCGAUCGCUCUCCGUGCAUUUGCGGAAGAUCUAUCACGGGGGUUUCAGAUUUGACUGAGGGGAUCCGGAGGCAAACCGAUCUGGAAACAGAGACAACAACACGAAGUGACCGGAAACUGGUUGGAUCAACGUGACCUCUUUCAUCCCGAGAAGAAUGAGAUUGCCUCAUAUCAACACCUCUCGGACAAAAAACAUCAUUCAUGCCUUCCAGGCCUUCAUUAUAUUCCUGGCAUGGGCGAUGACCAUCGCCGUCUUCACAAGGGAUGGGAAAACUGACGGCCGCACCGCAUGGUAUUUCGCGUUGUGUUGGUUUUCGAUUCCCGGGUUGAUAUAUCUGACCGCUGUUCCGAUAUGGCCUCGAGCUCGCCGUUUCGGUAAUCCCUACGCCUUCGCGACCGUCGAUGGCCUCUAUACCUUCUUGUGGUUCACCGCCUGGGUCGCGAUUGCAACAUAUGUUGGGAGCGGGAAGGCAGCGGGAUCGAAUGACGAGGACAACAAGAAAGAUGGAACGACAGGAUGCGAUGCAUUUGCAUAUGGGAGCCCGGCGAAAUGCACGCUGAGCACUGGGACGGCUGUCCUCGGUGCUUUUGUUUUUCUCCUUUUCAUUAUUACGAGCUUCAUGUCAAUAAAGGACGUGAUGGACUACCGUCGUACCGGCAUGAUGCCAUAUGAUGGAUCUGACCCCACAUUCGCCGCUCAAUCGAAGGCCGCAUUCUCUUCUAACCCCCACGAGCUCGAUGAGGAAGAUGGAGAUACAGAAUUUAGAACCGGUCGUCCUGGGGGAUCGCAUUUGGGCACUCAUGACGACGGUGAUGAGUAUGCUCUUCUGCAACAACAUGAGAUCGAAGACACCAGUCCCCACCGCCCGCCUCCGUCUGCCUAUGAUCCGACAGCCCCCACAGACACUGGGCCUCGACGUUCCCCGGCUCCAAUGGGCAGCGGCAUAAUGCAUGACUACGACACAAGUUAUGGAGGCCCAUAUGGCCAUACAUCCCAGCCAUCCGCCGACUAUGGAAGUGGACAGUACAAUCGAUGAGUCGAGAAAAGCAGACGCCCCUGCUGUCUGGUGCUGCUUGUUAAGUUUCACAAAUAGGCAAAGAUCCUCGUUCAACAUUUUCCUCUUCCUAAAACCUUUAGGAAUUCAUCAGUUGGGCACUGUACUUUGUUUUGUACUUCUGUUCUUAGGGGCAUUUGUUUUACAUUGGGCAAGUUGGUCUUUGAUCGCACCUUUGGCUCUUUCAAUUGGAAUGUGUUAAUGUUUUUC